AUGGAUUUCUCGCCUCUCUGCACUCCACUGCAGCUUGCGGCACAAUAUUUGGAGUGUUUAGCGCCUUCAGCUAAUGAUGAUGAUGAUGAUGAUGAUGAUGAUGAUGAUGAUGAUGAUGAUGAUGAUGAUGAUGAUGAUGAUGAUGAUGAUGAUGAUGAUGAUGAUGAUGAUGAUGAUGAUGAUGAUGAUGAUGAUGAUGAUGAUGAUGAUGAUGAUGAUGAUGAUGAUGAUGAUGAUGAUGAUGAUGAUGAUGAUGAUGAUGAUGAUGAUGAUGAUGAUGAUGAUGAUGAUGAUGAUGAUGAUGAUGAUGAUGAUGAUGAUGAUGAUGAUGAUGAUGAUGAUGAUGAUGAUGAUGAUGAUGAUGAUGAUGAUGAUGAUGAUGAUGAUGAUGAUGAUGAUGAUGAUGAUGAUGAUGAUGAUGAUGAUGAUGAUGAUGAUGAUGAUGAUGAUGAUGAUGAUGAUGAUGAUGAUGAUGAUGAUGAUGAUGAUGAUGAUGAUGAUGAUGAUGAUGAUGAUGAUGAUGAUGAUGAUGAUGAUGAUGAUGAUGAUGAUGAUGAUGAUGAUGAUGAUGAUGAAAUCGCUAAGUUGGGAUCCUGA